AGAUUGACUGGUCCAGGGUGUAUCCUGCCUCUCACCUGAAGUCAGAUGUGACCACAAUGAGGACAAACUAGAAACUGAAUUUUAUGUUAACCUAGCGUAUUUGUGUAAUUCACUUGAGUAAAACUGAUAAUGAGUAGGACAUACUUUUUGGAGUAACAAGCUGUGACACUGGAGAGAGCCUCCUCGCCUCUCCCUCUCCCUCUCCCUCUCAUCCUCCAGCACCGGAAGGGUGGGCGGGGGCAGGCUCUGCAUGCAGCCGCCCAAUGUGACGCCCUCCCCGGGCAGACGUCUUAGUUGGCAUUCGGCGUGUGUUUGGAGGGUAAAGAAGUGGAGCAGUGGAGUGCGUGUCACGACGCACGACGCCACGCAGCUCGUCAUGACCCACAAGUGAAUCACGAUUACGUUUUUUUUUUUUUUUUUUUUUUUGUGGUGGUGACGCGAGAAGCAGUUUGGAUGUGAUUUGAGUCUGCCUUGCACCUCCACUCGCUCCAUUUAUUCCACUUUCACUGCUUGUUUUUAGGAUGUAAAAACAAUUGCACUUAAUUAUUUGGGACUACAGAUUUGCCAAAGUGCGUGCGUGCGUGUGUGAGAUCUUUCCUGCCGCUGAGGAGGACGCUGCGGUGGUUCUUGUGCAACCUCUUUUUGAAUGCUGGUGAUUUUUUGUGGCAGUGUCGUUGCCUCGCGUGUGCGUGGAUGUGCACGCGUCAACUGACGUUGAGCACCACGCCACAUUUGGACCGAGACGGCACUGGAUGGCGUCCCCAGGCUUCUGGUCCCUCGGUGGGGACAAUCCGGGCAGCCAGAGCCCCAACACGCCCCGGGCUUGGUGCCAGGCAGCGGCCCAGAAACUAUCCGGAGGGCUCGGAUCAAAAUUAUGUGCGCUGCUGAACGUCGGGGAGGUGGACAAAGGUGUAGCCGAGCCCGCCGCCAAGCAGCCCCAGACGGCGACGGAAGGAUGCGGCUGCAACAAAAGCUGCAACUGCACCAAAGCUGCUGUAGUCUUCUCCGACCUCUAUUCAACAGACCUUCUUCCAGCCAUGGACGGCGACAGCAAGACUAUGACCUUCCUGCAGGAGGUGGUGGACAUCCUGCUGGCCUACAUCGUCGAGUCGUUCGACCGCGACACCAAAGUGAUCGACUUCCAUUACCCCAACGAGCUGCUGCAGAUGAACAACUGGGAGCUGCAGCAUGAGCCCGCCACGCUGGACGACAUCUUGAUCAGCUGCCGCGCCACCCUCAAGUACGCCAUCAAGACAGCCCACCCGAGGUACUUCAACCAGCUCUCCACAGGUUUAGACAUGGUCGGCCUGGCCGCUGACUGGCUGACGUCCACCGCCAACACCAACAUGUUCACCUACGAGGUGGCACCAGUGUUCGUCCUGCUGGAGUACGUUACUCUGAAGAAGAUGAGGGAGAUCAUUGGCUGGCAGGACGGCCGUGGAGAUGGCAUCUUCUCCCCGGGUGGUGCUAUUUCCAACAUGUAUGCCAUGCUGUUGGCCCGCUUCAAGAUGUUCCCUGAAGUCAAGGAGAAAGGAAUGUCGUCCGUCCCCAGGCUGGUGGCCUUCACGUCCGAACACAGUCAUUUCUCCAUCAAGAAAGGAGCAGCAGCCCUCGGUAUCGGCACAGAGAGCGUCAUCUGCAUCAAGGCAGAUGAAAGUGGCAAGUUGAUCCCUGCUGACCUGGAGAGGAGGAUUCUGGAGGCCAAACAGAAGGGUUUCGUCCCGUUUUUUGUGAGUGCCACGGCCGGCACGACAGUGUAUGGCGCCUUCGACCCUCUCAUCGCCAUUUCGGAUAUUUGCAAGAAGUACAACAUCUGGAUGCAUGUGGAUGGUGCUUGGGGAGGAAGUCUGCUCAUGUCCCGGAGACACAGGUGGAAGCUUGAUGGCGUUGAGAGGGCCAAUUCGGUGACUUGGAACCCACACAAGAUGAUGUCCGUCCCCCUGCAGUGUUCUGCCCUGCUGGUGCGAGAGGAGGGUCUGAUGCAGAACUGCAACCAGAUGCAUGCCUGCUACCUGUUCCAGCAGGACAAGCACUAUGACCUCUCCUACGACACCGGAGACAAAGCUCUGCAGUGCGGACGCCACGUGGACAUCUUCAAGCUGUGGCUUAUGUGGAGGGCCAAGGGUACCAUCGGGUUUGAGGCUCAGAUUGAUAAAUGUCUGGAGCUGUCCGAGUAUCUGUACAACAAGAUUAAGGACAGGGAAGGAUACGAGAUGGUGUUCGAUGGGAAACCUCAGCACACAAACGUCUGCUUCUGGUACCUUCCGCCCGGGAUCCGCUACAUGGAGGACAAAGAGGAGAGGAAGAAACGCUUGCACAAGGUGGCGCCGGUCAUCAAAGCCCGCAUGAUGGAGUACGGGACCACCAUGGUCAGCUACCAGCCGCAAGGAGACAAGGUGAACUUCUUCCGCAUGGUCAUCUCCAAUCCGGCCGCCACCUUCGAGGACAUCGACUUUCUUAUCGAGGAGAUCGAGCGCCUCGGCCAGGAUCUAUAAGACUUCGUCUCAACGAAUUGUUUGUGGUGAAUGUAAUUGGUAAACUUCCUUUAUUCCUCCAAAUCAAGCUAUCUAAGAGUAUAUUUGCGAUUAUAUAUAAAUAUAUACAGUAUCUAUAUUAUGUAUUGUCGCUUUGCUGUGGACUGGGCGCGUCCAAAGCUUUGUAAAAGUGCUUCUGUCCGCCUCUUUGCUAGUGUAGUCCCACCCAGAGACGUGUGAUACGUGCUGUAACGUUAGCUGUACGUUUGUGUCAUGUGCAAUAAGUCGACAACCAGCUUUAUUUUUCAAUCCUUUCUCAUUUUCCGGUGCCAAAGUGGCUGUGUUCUUGUGUAACUUAUAGUUUUUUUGUGGGUGGAAAGAGCACUUUGCCUUCCUUACCUCAGCUUAAUUAACUGCCUUUAGCCAAUUUGCUAAUGCUUACUUACCACUCACUGCUACAAACAAACAUGGCCGCCAUUAAAACUAAUUCAAUGUUGAAUUAGGAAGGCAAUGAAUCAAGGAGGUGAACAAAAGUGGUUAUGUCGGGAUUGUUAGGCUUCAAGGCCAAUGUAAGAAUCUCAACACAACUUGCUAAUGUAGGCCCACACUUAGCUUGAAUGCGAAUGGAUGAAUCUAAACACAAUUGGACUAUUGGCACAAAAUUGUUGUACAACUAUCAUUUUAUCUCUCGACACAAUUUGAGUGAAUGGUUGGAACAGUGGUUCGAGAACUAGCUACUCCAGAACCAAAAAAACAGCUUCCUGUUAUGUAAAUGAUACAGUUUGUUUGCUUAUACAGGCCUACAAAUCCAGGAGGUUGCUAUACUAGAGUGGAUGGGGGGGCGCUGUCGCUAUGUCGGCCGCACGGUGGCCUCGUGGUUAGCAUGUUGGCCACACAGAAGAUCUGGAAGAUCUUGCCUCAAAUCUCCGUUGGGCAUCUCAGUGUGGAGUGGCGCGCGUGAGUUUUCUCCGGGUACUCUGGCUUCAUCCCACAUUCCAAAAACAUGCAUUUAGGUUAAUUGGAGACUCUAAAUUUCCAUAGGUGUGAAUAUGAAUGCUGUUUGUCUAUAUGUGCCCUGCGAUUGACUGGCGACCAGUCAAGGGUGUAACCCGCCUUUCGCCCGAUGUCAGCUGGGAUAGGCUCCAGCAUUCCCGCGACCCUAGUGAGGAUAAGCGGCAUAGAAGAUGGAUGGAUGCUGCGAUGCUACCUUUUUUAAAGAACCUCCAUGUUGUUCAAAGUAGAGUGGGGGUUUUGUUCGGCUAGCUACAUUUGCUGUUUUUUUCCCGCAGCCUAUCUGGCACGUUUUGCUAGCUUGGCAUUACAACUAUCCACUGGAUCACAGUACAACUAGUACUGCAAUAACACGUUAGCAUUGUUUUCCACGGCGAUGCAUUGGAUUUACAGCCAUUUUGUCUACUAGUCCAGUAUGGACUAUUUUGUGUGCUUAUAACCACACUUGAGGUUUCAACAUGAGCCCAAGAUCUUUUGUUAACAUUGACCAAUUUGGGACAUUUUUCAGUGUCAAAGCGUUGACGGAAAUGUAAUUCACCAACUCUAAUUGUGUGUGCAUCGACUUACAACCCAGUAAACGUGAGGAUGCGUUGUGGUCGUCUACCACCAUGUGUUUCUAGUUAUGUUGCGGUGGCUGAAUGCAUAUUUCCUUUUUUUUGAGGCCACAACAGAAAGCCUACAUAAUGACCAUCCUCCUUGAUUCCUCUUAAAGCAAUAUGGGUCCAAUCAUUAGAAAGCACAAUUAGCUCCACAUGGAAUACAAUCACGUGAUGUAAAUAGUAUAUACAUGUACUGUACAUAAGACAUAUAAGCAGAGACUAUUUAUUUGUGAGGUAUAUGUCAUAUUUUCUAGUCUAAAAGUCUUGUUUGUCCUCUUUUAUUACUGUGUGUGUGUGUGUGUGUCAACUUGCUUCUUGUAUUUUGGGGGGACAGAAGUGUGUGUGUGUGUGUCUUUUGUGUCCUGAGUAUGUCGUGAGUGUGCAGCGGCCAUGUUGGGCCCCUUGGAAGCACUUUUGUGGUGACAGUUGUGUUUGUGUAACUGUGCUGCCUUAGUCUUGUCUAUAGUUAUCUCUUGUGCACUUUAGCAUACACACACACAAACCGAUGAUGUGCAAUGUCCAACACGUGUCCUUUAAAUUGGGGUGUACUCUAACUUGAAUGUGCAAUCACACUUUAUAGUCAUUGUAUUUUAAAGCAGCUCCGUUGCGACGAGGUGGUCCGAUCCGACACAGGCAACAUCCGCGGCGUCGGCGCCAAACGUCGUGCUCGUCGUGGCGUCGCUUCCUGCUGCCCGUUGCACAUGCAUGCGCCGCCUUGCCUGCCCCGCUUACGUGAUGUACAGCCUCCUAUGUAUAUUUAACAGUAUAUAUCCACGUCUGUAUCUAUUUAUAUACAUAUAUAGAGUAUAUACACAGUGGUGUUGCUUUGUAAGUAGCUAUGUCUAGCUUGUAUAGUCUCGUACAGCGCCGGCUUUUACGUGCUUCCUGUAUACGUCUCUCUGUGCAACCUGCAUGCUGACCUUGCCUCGUGACCUCUCGCGCUUCACGCUCUGUCUUCCUCCUCUUCUUCUGCCGCUUGCCUGUCGCUGCCCUAAGUGUGAUAUAUUCUCGCUGCAUGUUCCAGCCUUUCUGUCGCCGUAUUUAACCUUUUCUCUCUUUCGCUCCUGGCAGCGACGACCUCUCGGCUAGCUAACCGCCACUGCUCCGUUUGUGCGCCUGACAUGCCAUGUUGACCUGUGUCGGAGCGGCGUAUUACUGUCAGAUGCCCCCUUGAAGCGGUAAAAAUGGAUCAAAUCUAACUCUGUCGCUAAUUUAUCAGAAUCCCAAUCAUUUACACUGGAUGUGGUUCAAAGUCCUGCUCUGUAUUCUGCUAAGUGAUUUUUGUCCUGAAUUAUGUGUUACAACAAAAUAAAUAUUGAAGUAAUUUAA